CCAGCAGGGGGCAGGGGCAGGGCCCUCCCCAGAGCGCCUGCCAGGGGACUGGGGGUGACGCUUCCAAAAAGUGGGGGUAAGCGCAGGGGACCCCCUUUUCCCGGGUCAGUGACCGUCAGUGGGCAGGGUGUGGGCUUGGGGGUGCAGAGCCAUUCAGCCUCCUGUUUGGAGAAGAGAGAAGGGCACUGCAGGCAAGCCUUGGUCAGCAGAGGAGACUCUGCCCGGCGUGUGAUGGGCUCUGCCCUCCCCUGCCGGCUCUUUUCUCCAAGGGCCUCCUGUCCCGGGGCUCAGCCUCCAGGCCCUGGCUCAGGCGGAGGGGCUGUCAGGGGCCAGAGCCCUGCCCUGACGAAUGAGUGCUGACGGCCCCACUCCUGUGCCCUCGGCCGCUGACACCCCAUCACACCGCUGCGGGGACCCCGGGAGACCUGGCUGCCUCUGCGCACCCCCGCGGCAGCCUGCAGGCGACGGGGGCGGGGACGUGCCAGGCGCCCCUCGUUCGGCCGCACACCUGCGUCUCCACUGCGCGCUCCUCCACGGGGCUGCCCGACCCUGCCCUGCUCGGGUGGCGCCACCGGUGUCACCGGCCAGGACUCCAUCCACGAGUUGCGGGCGCGGCGCAGAUUGCUGAGCCGGUCCUGGGCGCGCGAGCCUGGUGGCAUGGGGCCGUGGCCCGCCGGCUAGCCACCACCAUGUCCCGAGAGGCCAGCUCCUGCCGCCUAGGCCCCGGGGCGCGCGCACGCGCGCGGAAGCCCAAGAAGCCGCACUACAUCCCCCGGCCCUGGGGCAAGCCCUACAACUACAAGUGCUUCCAGUGCCCCUUCACCUGCCUGGAGAAGUCCCACCUCUACAACCACAUGAAGUACAGCCUCUGCAAGGACUCGCUGUCCCUUCUGCUGGACUCCCCUGACUGGGCCUGCCGCCGCGCCCCGGCCACACCCCGGCAUCCCGCGGCCACCCCGGGCCGCCUUGCGGACCCCUCGGCCCCAGCUGACCCCGGCACCCGGCCCCGAGGGGCCCGGCUCCUGGACGCCCCCGCCACGCCCGACCUGGACCUCACAGCCGCCGACAUCCUCUCCCUGCGCAGCCGGGUCGGGGGCCCCCAGCUGGGGGCCGAGGGCUCCUCCCCAGGGACACCACCCCCUGAGGCCAGGGACAUGCAGAAGGGUGCGGGCUUGGGGGGCCUCCUGGCUGAGGCAUGGAAGCCAGGGUCGGGCGGGGGCCGGAGAAGUGCAGCCGUGGUGGGUGCAGGUGCCUCGGGCCCCGAGACCAGCGUCCCCUGCUACCCCCCGCCCAGCUCCGGGGAGCUCCCUGAGGCCCAGAGCCUCCACCUGUCCCUGCUGGGCGUCAACUACCCUCUCGGCCCGAGCCUUUUUUCCUACUUGGGGCCCUCCCUGGCCGCCGCCGCACACGUGCCCUUCCUGGCCUCGGCCAGCCCCCUGUUGCCCCCGGCCGCUGCCUUCCCUGCCCCACAGCCCCCCGAACGCCCCACCCUGAUCCCCCGCCUGUACUACCCCCUGCUACUGGAGCACAGCCUGGGGCUGCCGGCCGGCAAGACCGCCCUCACCAAGCCCCCCAUGCCCCCGAGAGGGCCCCCUGGGGCCCUGGUCCCUGGGCUGCUGAAGGUGCCGGUGCCGGGGCUGGGUGGGCCCUGGCCCCGGGGCGCCCUCAGGGACCCCGGGCAGGAAGAGCAGCUGGGGCGGGCUGCCCAGAGCGACCCCAAGAGAAAGCUGGCCCUGGGGGCCCAGCCAGAACCCCUGAAGGCCCCCUGCAGCCGAGCGAGCAUCAGCGCCCAGAGCAGCCUGCGGACCGGCCCCUCCGCGAUGCUCUGGCCCGAGGACAAGGAACUGAGCGACCUCGAGACAGCUGGCCCCGCGGCCUCCCUGCCCCCGCAGCCACUGGGCCUGGCACUGGGGGGCCCCGGGCACAUGGGUGAGGACCUGACGCGGGCCCUGGGCGACUGUGCCAGGGCGGAGCAGCGCCUGGGCCAGCUGGCGCCUGCCGGGGGCUUGGCCCCACGGCCCCUGCGGGAGCAGCUGGGGAAGAUCCGCCGCGAGCUGCUCACCAUCCACCAGGCGCUGGCGCGGGCUGUGAAGCCACCCGACGCGCCCCUCGACCUCUCUGUGAAACGGGCACCCACCAAGGCACACGAGGUGCCCGCGGGGCCGUGGGCACAGCCGGAGCUGGGCCCCACACUGGCCCGGGGGACCCCAGAGCCCCGCGGCCUGCUGGCAGCCCCGCCUCUGACCAGCCACACCACCAAGUGUGAGGCUGAUUCCAGUGUGCCCCCGCUGGCCCUUCCCCUGCAGGCGCCCGAGGACCCUGUCAUUCCCGGCAGCUGGGGUGCCCACGCUGGGGCUGGGGGCUCCUGGCCCCCCGAGGCUGUCCCGGGCCUGCAGAGCCCGCCGGGUGCCGAGGUCUGACCACAGCCCCCGCUGCCCCUUCCCAGAUGGGCGCCCUCCUCUGACCCCGCGCCCACCGCCUGGCUCCCCUCCCGCCCCAGCAUGCCCGGGGGCAGACCCCCACCCGCCGCGGCCACGCCUGUCUCUGGGGCCACGCAGUUACUGCCCAGGGCCCCUUAGUGAGCAAGGUUGUGGACAUUAAAACGGAGACGACCU